AUGGCGCCCCGCCGUGGCCCCCUCGGCGCGCCGCGCCUCGCCGGCGCCGCCGCGGCGCUGGGCGGCCUCUGGAGGUGCUGGCGCCCCGGAGCCGAGCGAGGAGGGCUGCUGGUCGCCCUGCUGCCCGGCCCCGCGCGGCAUGCUGGCAGCCACCCGGCGGUGGCGCGAGCCCGCUGCGGGCGCGCCGCUGGGUCCAGACGCUGCAGGCGGCGUGCCGAGGCCGUGGCGCGAGGCGCCUACGUGGAUACGAUGCCCAUCGACGAGCAGUACCCUUUGGAGGCGUUGCACGAGGACCUGUUCGACCCCCGCGGCGUUGAGGCGUGGGUGCUUCCGGAGGUGCGGAGCGCCCUGAGCAGGUGGCGGGAGGAGGGCGACCCGAGCCUCAUCGACCUCGAGGCGCUUCCAGGCGCUCGGGUGGAGGCCCCCGGCGUGUUCUCCUUCCGCCUCCUGGAGGAGGGCGUGUGCCGGAAACUGCUGGAGGAGGUGAAGCAUUACGGCAAGAGCAAGUUUCCCCAGGUCGCGCCGAACAGCAUGAACCGUGACGGUGCUGUCUUGAAUGACAUUGGCCUCCGACCAUGCUUCACGAUCCUGCUGCGGCGGUACCUCCUUGGCAUCGGCGCCAGGCUUUUCGGCGAGGAGUCCCACCGCGCGAGCACGCUCUCGGGCGUUCCGUUGGGGACCGACGACUGGGGCGGCUCGAAGUUGUCCAUACACCACACGUUUGUCGUGAGGUACACUCCGGAAACGGAUCGUGGCCUGGACAUGCACGUGGACGAUUGCGACGUCACGUGUUGGCGACCUCCGAACGUCGGCCUGGUCGACGGCGGCGCGUACUCGGGCGGCGAGCUCACGUUCUGUGGCAUGUACGGUGAGGCAGGCUAG